GGGAAAAAGUGGAGAAGAAUUUAAACAGUGUUAAACUCAAACAUAAGAUUUGGUUGGCUGACGAAAUUGAAAUGUAGUUUGACUUUGAUAAUCCAAAAAUAUUGCUGCAUUAAAGCUGACACAAUAAUAAUAGCACACAAAUUCAACUUAACAAAUACAGGAUUCAAGUUAUGAAAAAAAUUUAGUUUAUUGCCACAUUAUAUUAAAGAUUAAAGAUUUCCCUUUUUUUUUCGGAGGGUGAUGAUUUAGCGGUGGAUAGAGAUAGUCUAUCACUCAUCUCUAAGAUCAAAUUGAUAAAGAUUCUUGAAACACACGAUUUUUCUUUUUAUUUUCCCCCUUUUCCUAUUCUUUUAUGGUUUGAUUUUUAUUGGAAUUAAAAAGGCAGUGGCAUUAGGGUUUUCUUUUUCCCCCCCUUACCUCUUUCUGCGAUAGGAGAGAUUUGUUGUGUUGUGUUGUGAAAGCGGCGAUCUUUGUUGAUUUCUCCAUCUGGGUUGUUGAAGUUGCUCAAUUUCUCCAUCUGGGCCGAUUUAAGUCCAAGUAUUUUGUGUAUGAUUUUUCUAAGUUGUGAUUGCUGGUGCUGCAGAAAGUUCUUUGCUUAUGUUUGAUUUUGGUUCAGUUGAAUUUAAGCAGAUCAGGGCUCGAUUUAUCUUUUCUGAGUUUUUAUGUUUUUUCUCCUUUUUAAAGGAAAUAAGUUGUGAAUUUUGGUGCUGGAAUUGAAGUGAAGUCUCAUUCAUCAUGCUGCUUGAAUGUGGUUUUGAAGUGGAGAAGUGGAUUUUGUGAGAAAUCUUCUGUCAUUAUAAGUGAAUUUUGUAAGGCAAAGUGAUUUGGAUAUGUUCCACACCCAAGGAGCUCUGAAACACACUUGCAAUCUCCUCGCCGUCGUGUGCUCGGAGCCAGCAGAGAGUAAGCGGCAUAAUGAUGCUUUGGAGGAGGAGAAGAGGAGGUUCCCCUUCCCGGAAAUUGCAUCUUCGGGGCGUUUAGAGGUCCAAACGUUGAAGAAUCCAUCACCGGAUGAAUUCCGCAAGGCUCUUGAUUCGUGGCAGCCGAAUCUUGUGUACUUGCAAGGGAAACAGUUGGAGAACGAGGAGGUCGGGUCAAUCUCUUGGGGAGGGGUGGAGCUAUCCUCUCCUGAAGCUGUUUCUGGUCUUUUUAGCUCGACAAUGCCGACUACUGUUUAUUUGGAGGUUCCAAAUGGUGAAAAGUUGGCCAAGUCUCUUCAUUCUAAGGGUGUUUCUUAUGUAAUAUACUGGAAGAACUCGUUUUCAUGCUAUGCGGCUAGCCAUUUUCGCAAUGCGUUACUCUCUGUAAUACAAAGCUCAUCGUGCCAUACUUGGGAUGCAUUUCAACUAGCCGAUGCCUCCUUUCGGCUUUACUGUCUCCGAAAUAAUUGUGUCCUCCCUGAUGGUGAGAAAGUUGAUGAUGAGUUGGGUCCAAAUCUUUUCGGGGAGCCUCCUAGGAUAACCAUUGACAUUCCCGAGAUUGAGGAUGCCGGGGAAGAUGAAGAAAGCACUUCCGGGUCCCUUCCUGCAAUAAAGAUAUAUGACGAUGACGUCAACAUGAGGUUUCUCAUCUGCGGAAUGGCUAGUUCCUUGGAUGCUCGCUUGUUGAGUCCUUUGGAGGAUGGUUUAAACGCCCUCCUCAGUAUCGAAAUGCGAGGGAGCAAACUCCACAAUCGGGUUAGCGCUCUUCCUCCACCCCUCCAAGCCGGCACAUUUUCUCGGGGUGUCGUUACCAUGCGAUGUGAUUUGUCGACCAGUAGUUCGGCUCACAUUUCUCUUUUAGUAUCGGGGAGUGCUCAGACAUGUUUCGAUGAUCAGCUGUUGGAAAAUCAUAUAAAGAGCGAACUCAUCGACAAGAGUGAGCUCAUCCACGCACUGCCAAAUACCGAUGAAAACAAACCGCCCACAUCCGAACCUCGAAGGUCGGUCUCGGUAGCGUGCGGAGCAGCCGUAUUUGAAGUCUGUAUGAGGGUCCCAACGUGGGCCUCACAGGUUUUGAGGCAACUGGCACCCGAUGUUUCAUACCGUAACUUAGUGGCCCUUGGAAUCGCCAGCAUCCAGGGAUUAGCGGUAGCUUCGUUUGAGAGAGAAGAUGCUGAGCGGCUCCUAUUUUUCUUUUCGAGGCAGGGGAAGAACGGUUUCUCGAAUAAUAUAAAAAUUAGCAGCCCUCCAUCCUGGUUAAGGCCGCCUCCUCCUAGUCGAAAGCGGCCCUCUAUUUGCCAGGAAAUAAGCACCAGCGCUGUAAACGGCCGGAUCUUUGUCAAGAAAGAAGAUAACGGGGACAAGGAACUUGUGUUAUCGAAUGGCAUCAGCUUGCCGAGUAUGACCCAUAGACGAAGGAUUAAGAUAGCUGCCUUGAGGCCCAUCCCUCACGUUCGUCACCAAAAGAUGCUUCCAUUUUCUCGAAUUUCGGAUGCGGAUGUGCACGACGGAGGGGGCCAGGUGAAGGCUAACCUGCCCGCUCCUCCGGCAAAACAUAACGCUGGAACGACUCCGGCAUCCCAUCGGAAAUCAACUUCCAGUUCGUAUCAAGCGAAGCAGGUCAUAUCGUUAAACCCUCUUCCUCUAAAAAAGCAUGGUUGCGGGAGAAGCCCGUUGCACGUGUGCUCUGAGGAGGAGUUUCUCAAGGAUGUGAUGCAAUUCCUCAUUCUCCGCGGGCAUAAUCGUCUUAUCCCUCAAGGGGGCCUCGCCGAGUUCCCAGAUGCCAUACUAAAUGCGAAGCGUCUUGACCUAUUCAACCUCUACCGGGAGGUCGUCACACGAGGGGGUUUCCAUGUUGGAAACGGCAUUAACUGGAAAGGACAGGUUUUCUCAAAGAUGCGCAAUCACACGGUGACCAAUAGAAUGACCGGUGUCGGAAAUACGCUCAAAAGGCACUACGAAACUUACCUUUUAGAAUAUGAAUUGGCUCAUGACGAUGUUGAUGGAGAGUGCUGCCUAUUAUGCCACAGUAGCGCGCCCGGGGAUUGGGUCAACUGCGGUUUGUGUGGGGAGUGGGCCCACUUCGGCUGCGACCGACGGCCUGGUUUGGGCGCCUUCAAAGACUAUGCCAAGACAGAUGGGCUGGAAUACAUAUGCCCACAAUGCAGCGUUUCAAAUUACAAGAAAAAGAUGAACAAAUCAGGCAAUGGAUAUUCUUGAAGUCUUUCAUAAUUCUUUUAUGACCCCAUAUAUUUCGGGUUAUUGCGAAUUGGACUCUAUUUUCUGUGGAGGAAAGGUGUUUUUCUUCUCUCAUUUUACUACAGGAAAGGGAGGGGUGAAAGUAUUGAGUUUGCGGAGAGAUCGCUGCGGGAGGGGGUAAAAGAUGAAAUAUUUGAUACUUUUGGGGAGGAAAAUGUAAUUUGGGAAGGAAUUGUAGGUGGUAGGAAAUGCUCCCAAAAGAGGAAUUUGUGGGGGCUAAUUGGAUAUAAUAGCCAAAUUAGUUGUUUUAUGUGUAAUUAUAUGGUUUCUAAGCCAAGACAUUUUGUAGCUCUUGUAGUUUUAUGGAAAAUGUUUAUUUACC